AAAGCCGUCGCUGAUGGAUAUUACUAAUCCAACCCGGCAAUUGUGGAGAGAAAUCGCGCCAGCGGGACUACCGGUGGCGCAAUCCGGCUCCCGCCCGUCCCGCCCGUCCCGCAGCACUCCGAACCGGUAUAUAACCCCGCGUUAGGACAACAUCACCCGGCUGCCGUCAACAAUCGCACCGUCUCACAAAGCGGAAGUCAAUGCAAGCAGUCACUUCGUCACUCAGAAGGACUGCCAUCAGAACUCACAUCCGACCUUCAAAACUGAUACAACAACAAACCCGAACCCUCACCACCCCCGCCACAACCGCCAACAUGACAACCGGCACCUUCCGCUACGCCGACCCGGCAACCAUCAACCGCUCCUCCACCCCCUUCAUCAAAUCCUGGUCCAAAGUAGACGUCGACUACUCCUCCUUCUCGCGCGUCUCCGUUUCCAAGCCCGUUCACGACCUCCGCGCCGCCCUUGAAUCAUCCCCCUCGGAUUUCGGCGUGGACGUCUCCGGCUUCGCGCUCUACAACCACCCGGCCACCGAAACCUCCUUCACCGACGAGCGCGCCAUCUGGUCGGGGUACUACGCCGAAGUUGAGGCCCUACUGCGGGCUAAAUUGCCUGGUAUCAAAAGGGUAGAGAUCUUUGAUCAUACCAUCCGGCGAAACACCAAUAAUUCAGCGAGAAAGCCCGUGCAGCAGGUGCACGUCGACCAGACGCCUGCUGCUGCUGCCACGCGCGUGCGCAGGCAUGUGACGCCUGCAGAAGAAGCAGAGAAGUUGUUGAAGGGACGGUACCAGAUUAUCAACGUCUGGCGACCCAUUUCGCACCCGGCGACGGACUUUCCGCUGGCGUUUAUUGAUUGGCGCUCGACUUCCCCGGGAGAUCUGGUGCCCGUCGACUUGCUCUACCCCAAGCGUCGCCCAGAUGAAGACAACGAGGAUCGCGGGAAGGAGGUAGCCCCUGGUGAGGAGACAUACCCCAAAACCGAAGGGUACGAAGUCAAGGGGGAGACGUAUGGAGUGGUGCCGAGCGAGGGACACAAGUUUUAUUAUGUCAAGGAUAUGAAACCGGAGGAGGUGGUGCUGAUCAAGUGCUUUGAUAGUUGGGGUGAGGGGCUGCAGGAGCCGUGGGGGAGGGGGAAGAAGGGGGUGGCGGGGUGGACGCCGCAUACGGCGUUUGUAGAUCCGGCGACGCCGGAGGGGACGCCGGGGAGGGAGAGUAUUGAGGUUAGGUGUUUGGUAUUUUAUGAGGAUGAGGAGUAGGAGGGUUGUGUGAUGCAGUGAGGUGAACUUGGUCCUCAUUUGUGUGGAAUGAGACCGGGUGGUGGGAGCGAGCGAUGCAUGUUCU